UUAAAAAUUGAGAUAGUGUGAUGUGUAAUUGUUGUUUUAGGUUAUGUUCAUAUUUAUGACAGAACCUAUGAGCCAAAUUUGAUUAAUACGUUCAUAAUUAAUGUUAAUGUUUGUUUUGUACGCUGUCUGCCAAAUGUUUUCUCGAGCAUAUGAAUAUCUUGGAAAAUUACAUAUCCUUGAAACUCGAGUACCGGGAAUUUACACAGCUCCUGCUCCUAUUCGAAAACAAGGAUAAACUCGUCACCCAUGCUUUUAAGGAGCGUUGUUUAUGGAUUUUUUCUUGAUUCACAGGAAGGAACUUAUAAAGUUACACCACGUUCUUUUCAUCAGAUAUACGCUGACAGUGCUAAAGUUGGUGAUAGAUCUUCAAAAAGUGCAAGUUUAGUUGACGUGGUUGAUUGUACCAGUGGUUUAUUGGCAGAUUUUCCUACUUUUUCAAAAUCCAUUUAUAUUAUUGUACAAUUACAAAAUCAAAACUCAGCCGUGUUGAAGUUGUUUAAAUUUACAAAUGAGCAUCGUGACAUAUCUGCAAAGGCAGAAAAUGGAAGUCUUCAAGAAUUUGUUGAGAUAUACACUUGUGAUGUUUGUGACAUAGAUUUUAAAAAUCUUUCAUCACAGAAAUUGUGUCUUUGUGAUGGACCAUACAUGAUAUGGUGUGUAGAAAAUAAAUUAAAUGUCUUUUCUUCUGAGAAACAAGAGCAAAAGCAAUUUAUAUUAAAAAAUACUCCAAUAGAAAAGAUUCUGUUUGUUGAACCUAUCUUAACAAAAGAUGAAUUAUUUAUUGUCAGUUUUGGAAGGAAUUCAAAAUUUAGUUACCAGGACCAAGAAGUAAUGUUUCUGGUUUUGCAAUGGAGCAGCAAUGAAGUUUCAUUUCUACCUGGAGCUUACUUUUUUCCAGAAGCUUAUAAAUCUUUAGUCACUGCAACAAAAGUGUACUUUACAAGCUCUGUGGAAAAUUCUUUGGGAAAAAAACAUUUUCAUAAAUUUGAGUACAACACUACUGUUGCCUGUACAAUUUACAAACAGUUCAUUGUUUUUGUGCAUGGGUGUAUAAAAUACUGUUGUGAGAUUCCAUUCUCAGAUGCAUGGAAAAUUACAAGAUGUUCAUUACUGAAUAAGGAAUGUUUUUUAUUACAGUCUGCUAAGAGUGAUGCUUGUGUAGUAUCCAAGAGGAACAGUGCACAAGUACAGGUCAUUCAGACAUGGGAAAAUGUGUCAGAGUUGUUGAUUGGUGAUUUUCUUCGGAAGGGGGCUCCACAGUUGUUGAUUCUGCGACAGCUUCCUAGUAAUGGAAUGGAAGAAAUUAGAAAUUUUUUACUAAUUGAAACCACAUCUUUUACACCACUAACUGUGACAGAAGAAAACUCCCAAGACCUAUCAAGUAACAUAGAUACUGCUCUUGCUGGUUUUCAAAAGAGAUUGAUAGAAGGAAAAGCUUUACUGUCACAAGCACAAGACAGACUGCUGCAAAAGCGUGAAGUGAUUGAAGACAUUUUACACAAGUUACAAAGAACUCUUGUAGAAGAUGUACAGUCAACAGAUAUGGUGAAGAAUGAUGUGUAUCCAAAGUUGGUUACUCUUGUGGGACCUGAAACAAGCCAUCUUUCAACAAAUUUUCCUGUUCAAGGUAAAGAAAUUGAUCUUGAAGUCGUGUCUCAUUGGCAAACUGUUAUCCAAAACAAGUGGAUCAUUGGGUGGAUGCUGAAAAAUGUUACUGGCAGAUCUGUUCGUUUUCAUGAAAUAUCUAUUAAUAUGGAACAAGGAGAGACAGAAUUUAAUUGUACUGUGUUUAAUCAUAUGAGUGAAGGGAUGUCAAGCCAGCCUAGCAUUUUGGACAAAUAUAAAGAUGAGGUCUUACAUCUUAAAGACAUGGUUUCACUUGUAGUAGUGUCACCUCUCCCUUUGUUUACUUCAGCAUCACUUGAAGUUUGUGCUACGAUAUCUUGGACAUGUGAUUCUUCUCAGAAGAUACACCAGUUACCUGUUAGCUCUACUGUACAUGCAGGUGAUAUUUGGGAAAUGUCAGAAGAUGCACUGAAUAAUGAUGGAAAGCUCUCCAUCAUCCAGCGAAUGAUGUCUUUAAGAGCACUACAGGAAAGGUUAGCACUAAAGAUACAAACUUAUCAUUCUGAUCUUUCAUUCCUGGAGAAGAUUUUAGUGUCUUGCUUCCAACACCAUCCACCAGUAAUGUUACAUCAUCUUAAUACAAGAUUGUUUGUUUUUCAAGAAAAAUUCUCUCCCCUUUAUGGAAUAAACUUUACAACCAGAUUACUGGAUACAAAACAUGCAGUGUUGGAACUUUUCUACAAUGAUAACAGCCAUUUAGCACUGUUUAUUCACUGGUUGUAUAAUGCUUUGCCCGAAGAUGUGUUAAUUGAACAGACAGGAGAGGAAACAUUACACCAACAGUUGAAGUCAUUGUGUAUAAAUGCAAUUAGAGAAGAAACUGGCAUUAUCAAGUCGGCACUUGUGGUUCCAUCUUCUUCAGUGUUUGACCCUCCUACGGAACUGGCUGCUAAUGUGAGUGAACUAGAAUGUUCAGAGUCAGCUCAGAUUGAUGAAAAUAAACUAGUGAUUAAUAGUCAGGAAUAUAGACAAUUUAGGCUUAAUUUACUAGAAAAAGAAAUUAAUGCUGAUGAGAUAAUAGCUCAUUUGAAAUCUUGUUAUGUCUGAAGCAGUCAAUGAAUUUUGUACUUUCUUUUUCAAAAUACUUAAGUUAAUGAAAAUAUUUUUCAUAGUACAAUAUAAUUUUUCAUCUAUCAUUCUAAAUGAAACUGGAUAGAUGUGCAACAUUUCUUGAACUAUUGGAAAUAAAAUUGUCAAAAUAUUUAAUUUUUACCCAUGGGAUAGAGGCUCAUAGAAAGGCUCUGGGUUUAUAGUUUUUUUUUGUUUUUUUUUCAAGUACAAAAUUUUAGUUCAUAGCUCUGUCAUCUCUUGACUGAUUUGAGAUCUAAUUACAGUUUUAGACUCAGGAGGUCAAACCAUUUUGAUUAAUGUAUUUGACCACACACAAGGUCUCGUAGAUUAAUUUACUCUAAUCCUGUGUAAAAGAAUUUCAAUUUGAGGGUAGGCUGGUAGAGAUCCUGAUGAAUAAUAAAAUUGAAUCAUAUAUGAGCACCCCAUGCUUGGUAUUGCUUGUUCACAAAAUAUAUCUAAUAAAAAGGAAAAAAAGGUCUCAUAGAUUAAUUUACUUAAUAAAUUAAUUCAAGUGCUACAUCUAGUGGGAAUUCCCUCUUGUUUAAUUUUUUUAAUUCUUUGAUUUGUCGAUUAAGAUUUUUCUGACAACUUAAAUGUAUCAUACUAAAAAAGUUUAGUACAUGUGAUAUUUUUAUAAUCGUACCUCUUCAAAAGAUUUUGUGUGUGUGUGAGUGUGUGUGUCUGUAUAUAUAAAUUUUUAUUUUUAUAUAUUGACAAAAGACACGAAAAAGUAAUGCAUCACAUUAAAUUGAGGGUAACAAGUUGGACCUACUAUGGUAGACUAGAAAAAGGUAGUGUCGCAGCUUCUAAUUGUUUACACAUUUUGUACCAACCUUGGACAUCAACAUAACACAUUGUUCACAUUUUCAUAUACCAGUAGUUGGGACAAAGUAGAAUUACUUUAUGAAGUAGAAUUAGUUGCGUAUGUGAUAAGAAUAUUUAUCAAUUUCAUUUUCACACAAGUUAUUAAGUAUAUUAUUACAUUGAAAAAAUAUCACAUUACAGUAAACAGCAGUUGUUUAGCUGGGAAGCUGCUAUCAAGGGUUCUAGAUCAGAGUUGUAUUAAAAAAAAUACUUAUAUAUGUUGCUAACUUAUUGAGAUGUGUUUACAUAGAAAACAGAAUGCUAUUAAACAUUACAUUACAGAUUUUCUUGACAUUAUCUUGAUGAUCAGUAAUAUACAAUUUACCUUGUUUAAUAAAACAAACUACUUUCGUCACUUCAACUCCCAUCGUCUAAACACUUCCAAGAAAGUUGCUGUUAUUGGAGAAUUAAAAAGAAUUUACCACAAUUGCAGUAAUGAAAUAGAUAAAGAAAUACUUCUCGAUCUAAACUAAAGUUUCUCCUUUUAAAUAACGAAUAUCUAACUUUUCACCAUAAAAGAAAAAUAACAAUUUCCCUAAAAUAUGACAAAACAAUAAUCAAGAAAUAUGAAAUGCCUAUGAAAGUUACAGAAUGACUGGGUCCAAUUCCCAAAAUUCAACUUUCAAAAUCUUGUACAUUACCCAUUAUUGUAAUAAAGUCUGCUGUCUUACAAAAAAGUGUUUACAAUCUAAAGAUGGCUAUCUUGCUUCCAGUGUUGUUUACCAAAUUACAUGUAACAUUUGCUAUCAUAUGUACAUUGGUGAAACCAGAAGAACCCUAUACACAAGGAUAAAAGAACUUUAUAAACUACAACAUGACAAAAAUGCAGUUGUAAGUCAUUUUUAACUAAUCAUGGCUAAGUAACUCAUGGCAUGAAUCCAACCUUCUCUGUACAGUUCCUUAUCGAGGACACUAAAUAUACCAAUAGAAAAUUUAAAGAAGCUCUUGUCAUCCAACAACUAUGACCACAGAUGAUCAGGAACAAACGAUGGCACUUGUAAAUUUUUGUUUUCUACCUUGACUUUUAAUAUUUGUUUUCAAUAGGAAUUUGUGUUACUAUAGAGAACAAUUUAAAUUUUAAACAAUAAGCUUUACUAUUUAGAAUAUCAAAAAUGCACUGUAGAAGUUGAUUAGAAUUUCUUAUAUAUAUAUAUACCAUUUCAAGUUUUAUACUUUCACUUAUGUUUUAGUGUAACACUCCUGAAGAAGCUGUAAAGCAAAACAUUGGGCAUCCAAUUGAAUAAUAAAUCUAACAAAAUAAAUAUCUAAAUUUGGUGUUAUAAGGUCAUUUAUUUUUAGAAUUAUCUUAUAUUCCAAUAUGCAUUAUAAAAAUUCAAUAAUUGAUUUUAUGCUGGUUAUCAAUUGUUUAUGUAGAUUUGUGUUAUAUACUGACUUAAAUCAAAGUUUUAACAUUUUCAACCAUCUGUAAGUGGUUAUUUCACUUAGUGCUGUAUUUAGUUUGUAAAAUUUUAUGCUUACUGCUACAAAGAUUCUCCUCAUCUUUUGUAAAAACAAAGUAAAACACAUUGAAAAGGUGUACCAAUGUUAUCAGAAAAUGUACUUCAAAAAUAAAAUAUAAACUUGAGAACAAGAUCACCUAAAGUGAAGUUGUUUAAGAAUGAGUUCCAAAUAUAAGAAAUUUGGAGAAGUGAUUAAAUCCAUGUUUCUAGGAAUGUUUUUGAAUUACAUCUAAGGCCUUUUGUAUUAGACAUUUUCAGUGUAUCAGAGCCACCUUAUGUUAAUAUGCAGCUGAAAAUUAGUUAAAAUUUGUUCUUCACAAUUGUUAUUAUUAAAAGAAAUAUAGAAGAAUCGUUGAAUUUCAAGUUUAAAGUUAUAUCUGUGUCAUUAAAAAUUAGUGUUAUGAAGAUUUUAUAUUUCAAACACAAGAUUAUUCUGCAGCUAUUCUCUGACCUGGGCAUUUAGCCCACAUGAAUGUAAUGUGCUGUUCAGAAUGAAAAAUUACAAUUCUUUAAAACUCAAAAUGUUAGGUGAAAGUAAUCAUUAAACUGUCCCUUUAUCAUUUGACUGUUAACAGACAUGGUUACCGACCUGUAUUUUUCUAAGAUAAGAAUAAAUAAAAAGUGGAAAAAGAAGUUACCAUUCUUUUCUGUAGUACAUUAGUUA